ACAGUGAUAAAUGUUGUUUCAGUGCAUUAGGGAUGGGAAAAUGAAGAUUGAUUCAACAUACUUCUGCCAAACCAGAAUAUGUUUUAUAUUUUAGAUUAGCACCUCUUGCUUACAUGACAGAUCUUGGCUGGAUUUUCUCAGUCAGCUUUAUCAAGUAGAGUCACCUGGAAUCGCUUUCAGUUAACAGCUGUGCUUAAGUCGUCACAAGUUAAUUACUUGAAUUUCUUGGCUCCUAAUGUGUUUGAGAGCAUCAGUUGUAAAGUUUUGAAGAGGUAGAGCUGGUAUACAGUAAAAACCCUACUUGAGUAAUGUUCUGAUGUCAUGACAAGAAAUUCUCAACUAAGUAAAGAAAAAAAAAUCUAUAAGAAAUGAAGGUCAGUCAAUCAAAAAAAAAUGUCAAUAAUUUUGAAAGUAUCCUUAUGAUGAAACUGGCUCUCAUCAGGACCGCCCCAGGAAAGGAAGAGCAAGAGUCCCCUCUAUAAUGAUAAAUUCAUCAGAGCCUCAGAAGCCUUAUGUUAACAGCUCCCCAGAUAAGGGCACUUAACAGGUAUGUUUAACACUUUCUGUUUCUUAUGUGUUUGGAUGACUUCAUUUUGAAUGCAGGAAAAUAUGUAUACAGCUUUGGAAAAAAUAUCAGACCACUUAAAAUGACGAGUUUCUUUUAUUUUAAACUGAACUGCUUGAAUUGUUGCACCAGGAGUGGCAUAAAGUUUCCAAAAGCAGUGUGUAAGACUGGUGGAGGAGAACAAGAUUUCUAAACUCUUAAAACUUUAUUAAUAUUAACUUGUUUUCUUUGCAUUAUUAUCUGUUUUUGUUGUUAUUUCAGCUAUUUCUCAUUUUCUACAAAUAAAUGCUCUAAAUAAUAUUUUUAUUGGAUUUUUAAAAAAUAAUUGUGUCUGUAUUUAAAUGAGAAAUACACUGCUCGGUCUGGUCGGUUGGUUUUAUUCUGUUGGUGAUUAUAAUAACUGCUGUAGGAUAAAGACAUGAUGGAGAGAGGGUUUAUUGAAUGGAUAGAGAGUGUCAUUCUCCGGAGGAAGAAGGGAGGGACUGGAGCAGACUGGAGUAGUCUGAAAGAUAUUCAGUCACGUGCUUUUUUGGUUUUAGUUCCCGGGAGUGUGCGGUGCGGUCGUUUGAAUCCUCCAUGUGGCGCGAGGCUUUCAAAUGCUGAACUUUAUUUAAGUAAUUAGCUAAAAGCGCGGGUUAAGAUGGGAAUCUGCGGGGUUUUCAGUAAAAACAGUGUAGAAACUUUACUCAGGUAUUCUUAACUUUACUAUGAAGUCCCUGAACAACCUCUGAGAGACCACCAUGGAGAUGUAUCAGAGCAGAGCUGGAGCAGCUUUCAGUUAUGGGCCUUACAGCGACCUGAACAGCAAUGUCCACUUACACAGAAAACUCACAGAUGCAGCCACAUCCAACCCUAAUCUUGAUACUGUCACCUCCAGCCCAAAUCUGCAGUGGCUGCUGGAGUCCUCUGUAGUUUCUGAAGCAGAGGCCGCCUGGGAGACGUUAGCCUCAUUUUUGCCCUCCACACUGCCAGACUGCCCCUGUGUGUCCCAGUGUUCGAGUCCAGACCAGCUCCAUUCUGGGAGAGGAGGGAGGCAUCAGCACGCAGACCAAGGCCACAUCAAUGAAGUAAAAGGCGUUGAGGAGUGUGAGAGGAGGCGAGCCCGCAGAGAAAGGAACAGAAUAGCCGCUGCUAGAUGUCGGGAUCGUCGCCGCAUCCUUACAGACACAUUACAAAAUGAGACAGAACGGUUGGAGCAUGUGAAAUCUCAGCUGGAGGAGGAGAUUGCUGGGCUUGAGAGGGAGCGAGAGAGGCUGGAAUUAAUCCUGGAGGCCCACAGGCCCGUCUGCAAGAUGGAAGGAUUCAGUCUUGAAUAACUGCCAACCCUGAAGAAGCUCAGAACUGAGUCUGCAGGUUCAGACCAGUCCUUAUAACCAAUGUAUUAGUUCAGGAAAACUAAAAGACAGUUGAGUUUCCUAUAGUAACUGCAUGUUUUUUUAUAAAUAGUAUAUGUUGUUCUGAUAAUUCAUGCCAUAAACACUUUACAACAUUAUCAGAAUAUAUAAUUGGAGCCUCCUUGCUGCAUACGUGCUUGUAACACAGUACAUGUUUGAAAUAAUAAAAAACA